AUGCAUUCCCAAUAUUGUGCAAAGGAAGGAAUAUUGCAAGGAAAGAGACAGCUAGAUGAACAUGAAGAAAGUAGGAUCUCUGGUCCUGUCACUGAGAAUGAUUUUCAUAUUUCUGUGCACAAAUUAACCAUGCCAGAUCUCUUAUACCAUGCCGAACGUGGUACUUAUUUGCUUUUACAUGGUCAUCGACAAUCUGGAAAGUCUACUCAUCUUGAACACUUUUAUGAAGUAGCUUCCAAUGGUUGGAGCACAACAUAUUCUACAUCAUCAGUCAUUCGUCAACAUUGCAAAAAUGGUUUUAUAGUGAUUCCACUUUCUUUUGAAUUCAGAUUAGAUCUUACUACAGUGGAUACUUUUUGGAAUAGUUUGUUUAAGGAGAUUGCACAAAAGAGUCCAAUUUCGAUUGACAUAGAUACUCUUCAGAAACUUUCAACAGAAGCAAAGAAAGUAGCAUUCCAGCAUUUGUUCACAUCAGAGUAUUUCAAAAAUUUGAACAGAAAUAGGUCGAUGCUGUACUCGUUCAUUGGUGCUGGAACAUUUGACAUAACACUUCUCGAUUCAACAUUAUCACUCAAAACUGAGCAAGAAUUAAGUAAAAUAAAUUAUUAUUCAUCACCAUUUAACAUCACUGACUCAUUGUGGAUAGGUCACUUUACUGAAAAAGAUGUUAUAAACCUUCUUAAAGAGGCUGCGGAAGACAGAAAUUUGUUGAUUGAUGAAGUAUGUUGGGGGAAAACACAGAUUCAAUUGGCAGACUGGAAGAAAUUUGCAGCUGAAAAUUUGCUUAACAGGGCAUUAGCAUCAAAUGUAUUCCUGAAAAUGAUUAAAAGCUUGAAGGAAAAUAACCCUAAAGCAGAAAUUGCAAGAACAUUACUAUGGAGGAAAUACUUGUUUGAUGAUGAGAUACAUGAACCCUCACUAAAAGAGAAAAGUGGACUCCAUCAUCUUCUUUCAAUUGGUGUUCUUAUCCAAACAAACAGAUACAAACUUGAAUUUUCCUCAACUUUAAUUCAACAAUUGAUAUUCAUGCAUUGUGUGAUUUAUCGGUCAUACACACCACAUAGAGUUGUGGAACUUAUCACAGAAAACAAAAAUAUAGACAUAUUCAAACUUAUAGUUCAUGCUGUUUCAAUAUUUCGAAACAAAGUUUUAACAGCAGCAGAAGUACAAAACAAGAAAGGUGUUGCUGAAUACACUUUCCAAUUUGAACUAUUUUCAACUAUACGACAUAUUUUGCAAAUAGUUAGUCUGCAAUAUACAAACAAUGGUAUACGAAUUAUUGAUAAAGGAUUUCUUAUCUUCCCGGAGGCAAAAGAGAAGAACAAAAUGAGAAACAAACGUUUGGGCAUCCUUAUUCGAAAUGGUCACAAGGUUCUGAUAAAAUUGAAGGUUGAGGUAACUGAUUAUGAUUCACUUGUUCAAGGAGUCAACCAGGCUAAAGAUUACAUGAUUCACAUUGAUUCAAGUGAAGCAUACUUGGUUAUUCUCUGUACUGAGCUUCCAAUGCAUUAUAAUUACCAGGCUGGUACUGAGGUUAAGAUUAUUUGGAUUGUGAGCAAGGAUUUUACCAUAUAUGAAAUUAUAACUGUUGGACAAAGUGAAAAAGUUAACACUGAGCAUAAUCGAUUCCUACAUGGGUGGUCUUAA